AUGGCCAAGGCAAGGAGAGUCAACUGGAAGCGAUACGUCUUCGGUAUCAUCCCUGUACUAGUGUCGGUGAUUUUCAUUUGGAGGCUUUUAACUACAUCAGACUCUAAUAAUUUGCAAGCGAUCUUGCAAAACUUACCAAAGGAGAUUUCACAAACGCUUGAUUCAGCUUCUUCACACAAGCAGGAUGACGCUAUCUUGGAGAAAUUCGAGAAGCUUACACAAGAGCUGUUGAAGAAACAAGACGAACAAUUGAAGACUUUUGAAAGGGAACGAAAGAUUUUGGAAAAGAGAAUUCAGCAGUUGAAACAGCCUCCAGCCCACGCUACUUUGCGCGAAAAACUGGCUCAGGUUUUUGAAUACGGAACAACCAAAAGAUUCCCCGCUUUUAUUUGGCAGACUUGGCCUUACUCUGACCUAGACGAAAGGAUGGACCGUACACUGCAGUCCUACGAGCGCAGCUGGGGAGACAAAAACCCGGGAUUCGUCCAUGAAAUUGUCAACGAUGACGCUGUGGCUGCAUUGGUGCAUUACCUUUACUCUGGUGUGCCUGAGGUAAUUGAGGCAUAUGACGCCUUACCAUCACCUAACUUGAGGGCGGAUUUUUUCAAGUACCUGAUUCUUUUGGCGCGCGGGGGUGUUUACGCCGACAUCGACACGGACCCUCUGCAACCUGUGCCAAACUGGAUUCCAGAAAAUGUACAUCCUAAGGAAAUUGGCCUCAUAAUCGGGAUUGAGAAUGACGCCCAUAAUCCAGACUGGAGAAGCAAUUAUGUGAGGAGACUUCAAUUUGGUAAUUGGAUCAUACAGGCCAAGCCAGGACAUCCAGUAAUGCGCGAAAUUGUAGCCAAAGUUACAGAGGUUACGUUACAACAUAAGAAAGAUGGAGAUCUCCGCAUGAACUUAAGAAAUGACAUGAACAUCAUGAAAUGGACAGGCUCCGGUAUUUGGACCGAUGUUAUCUUCACGUACUUCAACGAUUACGUGCAAAGCGGUGUUCUCAGCAAAAUAACCUGGAAAGAGUUCCAUGAUCUCAAAGUACCAAAGUUGGUUGGAGACGUGUUAGUGUUCCCUCAGAGCUCUUUCAGCGCUCCCGAGAAAGACGCCAAGGAAGGCGAAGGAAACAACAAGGCUCUACACUUUGCUAGACACAUGCACAUGAGGAGCUGGAAGCAAGCUCCAAAAGUGGCACAGGAUAGUUAG